AAUUAUUAUAUAACGAGCAUAAGGAGACGAUUAGAUGAUUAUGAUGAUGGUGAUAUUAGUGAUGUUAGGAGUAUGAUUGAUAAAGCUGUUGUCCUAACAUCAUCGGCCCAAAGGGAUAUUACUCAGUUUAAGGAAUAUGUUUCUAAUGCACCUACACCACAGGAUGCUAUGAAUCGACAACAAAUGUUGAAUAAGUUUACUACUAGUAUAUCGAAUAUGGCUGAAGAGUUAGAAGAUAUAGUUAAGAAGUAUGCUAGCAUGAAAAAAGAAAUAAGUGCUGUUAGUCGCCAGCAAUAUAGUAAAAGACAACAAGAUAAGCAACAUACUUGUGGAUCCAGUACAUCAUCAUCAUCAACAGCAACAUCUAGGAGUUCAUAUCAUCCCACGCUUUCGCAGAAGAAUACUGGUGAAGAUACGAGAAUAGCAACGAAGAAGAGCGAGAUGCAUAACAUCAGUGGAGACCAUCACCAUAAGUUACGCAUUACUCCUUCUACUUCUACUACUGCAGCAUUGUUACCAAACCUGAUGACUACACAACGACAAGAAGUAGAGAUGAAUAUAGAUGGUGAUAUAGAAGACGGAUUAUCUAGAGAUAAACUUAAUGAUAUAAGAAGGAUAGGAGCUGAUAUGGGUGAAUUACAAGAUAUCUAUACUACACUUAAUAAUGAUAUACUUAAACAAGAUGAUAAGAUCGAUAGUAUUCAUGAUGCUAUGUUGAGAACAUUAGAUACCACUCAGAAAGCUAAUAUUGAAUUACAACAAGCAACAGAUAGAAGAGAUACCUCACUUAAACGUAAGGUAUAUGCAUUUACUGCAUUAGCAGCAACAGCUGGUCUGUAUAUACUAAUAUCAUCUAUAUAAUUAUAU